AUGGGGAAUUGCUUGGUUAUGCAAGAAAAUAUAACAAAGAUUAUGAGAUCUGAUGGGAAAAUCUUAGAGUACAGAGCAGACAUGAAAGUUUACCAGGUGUUAUCGGAGUUUUCUGGCCAUGCAAUAUCCGAGACAGCUCCAGUCUACCAGCAUCUCCGGCCAGACUCCAAGUUGCUUGGUGGUCACCUCUACCAUCUCGUACCUCUCCCUCUGCCACCGCCGAAAAAGGCUUCCCAGAAGAAGGUGAGUUUUUCGGAGCCUGAAGCCGAACCUGAACAAGAAACAAAAGUCGUAAGGAUUAAGCUGGUUAUAAGUAAGCAAGAACUGCAGGAGAUGUUGAGAAAGGGAGGAGUUGCAGUUCUUGAUGAAAUGGUCUCUCGGCUUCAAAGUGAAAAAGGCGUAGAGCAGAGUAAUACCAACAGCUUCAACGACGAUGGUAACUGUGAAGGGUGGAAACCUGUUCUAGAAAGCAUACCUGAAGUAAACUAG